GAGCCGCAGAAGGAACGAGCUUCGAGGGCAAUGGGCGACAGGCUAUACCCGUUUGAAUGUAGACAAGCUAAAAUUUCUUACACGGGGACCUUUCUUAUGAAUGUUUUCUUUCAAUGGGAUGGUGGAGCUUCUGUUAGAGAAAAGUUCAAUUUUGGCCAAUUUCCCAUCAUGUUGAAGUCAAAACGGUGUUACUUGCGAAAUGCGGAUCCUAAGAAACUGGUUUCUUACAAAGAAGAGUCGCCAGAAAUGGGCGGUUAUUUUAUUUUGAAUGGCCUUGAGAGAGUAGCUCGAAAUCUAAUAUUACCCAAGCGGAACUAUCCAAUGAGUGUGGUGCGGAAUUCAUUUCAUGACCGGCGGGAAGGGUAUACUGAUAAUGCAGUUGUCAUAAGGUGUGUUCGUGAAGAUCAAUCUUCAGUGACAGUCAAACUGUAUUAUCUUCGUAAUGGAAGUGCAAGAGUUGGAUUUUGGAUACAAGGGAGGGAAUACCUGCUUCCUGUAGGCAUUGUUUUAAAGGCUCUGAUAGACACUAACGAUCAUGAAAUUUAUCUGAAACUGACAUGCUGCUAUAAUGAGAAAUAUGAGAAGGGAAAGGGAGCUGUUGCAACCCAACUUGUGGGUGAAAGGGCAAAAAUCAUUCUUGAUGAAGUUAAUCACUUGUCCCUUUUUACACAGGAGCAGUGCCUGCAGCAUAUUGGGGAACAUUUCCAACCAAUUAUGGACGGAAUGGAAAGUGAGAGUUAUUCAGUUGUUGCUGAUGCAGUUCUAAGGGGUUAUAUAUUUGUCCACUUGGAUGACAACAAUGACAAGUUCAAUCUGCUUAUCUUUAUGGUGCAGAAACUUUACUCACUUAUAGAUCAGACUUCUGUGCCUGACAAUCUUGAUUCCUUGCAAAACCAGGAAAUAUUACUCCCAGGUCAUAUCAUUACUAUUUACCUCAAGGAGAAACUGGAAGAUUGGUUACGCAAGUCAAAAAGGCUUCUUGAAGACGAGAUUAAUAACACAAAGAAACAGUUUGAUUUCUUCAGUGUACAAGAUGUCAAGAAGGUAAUGGAUAAAAAUCCAUCAAAGCAAAUCAGUUUAUCAGUUGAGAAUAUGCUGAAAACCGGAAGACUGAUUACGCAAACGGGCCUAGAUUUACAGCAGAGGGCUGGCUACACAGUUCAGGCAGAGAGGCUUAAUUACCUACGUUUUAUUUCAUUUUUUCGGGCUGUUCAUCGUGGAGCUUCAUUUGCUGGACUCCGCACAACAAGUGUUAGGAAGUUGCUACCUGAAUCCUGGGGUUUUCUUUGCCCUGUGCACACCCCUGAUGGAGAGCCAUGUGGGUUGCUGAACCACAUGACACGUACAUGUCGAGUUACAUCAUACUAUGACUCUGAGGGAAAUAUUAGAGAUUUUUUCAAAAUAAGAAUGUCUAUUCUUAACGUUUUAGUUGGGGUUGGAAUGAUUACUUCAUUGCCAAAAGUUGAUCAUGCUGGUCCUCCUGAAGUCCUUCUUGUUCUUUUGGAUGGUCGUGUCGUUGGUUCUCUACCAUCUCUUGAAGUUGAGAAAGUUGUCGCUUAUUUACGGAGACUAAAAGUGUCAUCUGCUUCAGUGAUUCCUGAUGACUUGGAAGUGGGUUAUGUUCCUUUGAGCUUUGGUGGGGCAUAUCCUGGCUUAUACCUCUUCACAUCUCCAUCUAGGUUUAUUCGACCAGUGAGAAAUAUAUCUAUCCCUCCUGGAAGUGAAAGAAAUAUUGAACUCGUUGGGCCAUUUGAACAGGUUUUUAUGGAAAUAAGAUGUCCAGAUGGUGGUGAUGGAGGACGAAGUACUACUUUUCCUGCCACUCAUGAAGAAAUUGAUCCAACUGGAAUGCUUAGCGUUGUGGCUAACCUGACACCUUGGUCAGAUCAUAAUCAAAGCCCACGUAAUAUGUACCAGUGCCAGAUGGCAAAGCAAACAAUGGCUUUCUCAUCGCAAGCAAUUCACUCUCGUGCGGAUCAAAAAUUAUAUCACCUUCAGACCCCUCAAACUCCAAUUGUACGCACAAAAACAUAUACUAAGUAUUGCAUGGAUGAAUAUCCAUCAGGAACAAAUGCAAUAGUUGCAGUGCUGGCAUAUACAGGAUAUGAUAUGGAGGAUGCCAUGAUUCUGAAUAAAUCAUCUGUGGAGCGUGGGAUGUGUCGUGGGCAAAUAUACCAGACAGAAACUAUUGAUUUAACUGAUGAGGGCAGCAAGUUUGAGCGAGGUCAAAGAAUAUUUAAAAGAGACCAUUUGGAUAAGUCAUCCCAUUCUUUUAUUGAUUCAGAUGGACUUCCAUAUGUUGGACAGGUGUUAGGUCCAAAUGAACCCUACUGUAGCACUAUUAAUCAGGUGACAAAUUCCAAGAGAAUCUACAAAAGGAAAGGUUCAGAAACUGUUAUGGUUGACUAUGUUGCAGUUGAUGUGAAGAACAACAAGGAUAUUCAGAAGGUUAAUAUCCGGUUUAGACAUCCAAGAAACCCUAUCAUUGGUGACAAAUUUAGCAGUAGACAUGGACAGAAAGGAGUUUGCUCUCAGUUAUGGCCAGAUAUUGACAUGCCAUUCUCUGGAGUUACAGGAAUGCGUCCAGAUCUAAUUAUUAAUCCUCAUGCAUUUCCUUCCAGAAUGACAAUUGCUAUGCUUUUGGAAUCAGUUGCUGCCAAGGGAGGAAGCUUGCAUGGGAAAUUUGUGGAUGCAACUCCAUUUUCCAACACUAUCAAGGUAGAUAAUGGAGAGACCGUGACGGGUUCUGAGUCACUUGUUGAUGAACUUGGCUCCAUGUUGAGGGCUCGCGGGUUUAAUUACCACGGGACUGAGGUAUUAUACAGUGGGGUCUAUGGAACAGAACUAACAUGUGAGAUCUUUAUUGGGCCUGUUUAUUAUCAACGACUGCGGCACAUGGUUUCAGACAAAUUUCAGGUUCGCUCCACUGGACAAGUUGACCAGAUUACUCGACAGCCAAUCAAAGGGAGAAAGCGUGGUGGAGGUAUACGUUUUGGAGAAAUGGAACGAGACGCCAUGCUUGCUCAUGGUGCUGCAUAUUUGUUGCACGAUAGGCUCCAUACGUGCUCUGAUCACCACAUUGCUGAUGUUUGCUCCUUGUGUGGAAGCAUCCUUACCACAUCUCUCAUCCAGACACAAAAGCGGGCGGUUCGAGAGAUUGGUGGGUUGCCUCCUGCAAGAGCUCCGAAGAAGGUCACAUGCCAUGCUUGUAAGACAAGUAAAGGGAUGGAAACUGUUGCAAUGCCUUAUGUGUUUAGAUAUUUGGCAGCUGAAUUAGCAGCCAUGAACAUAAAAAUGACCCUGCAGCUAAGUAGUGGCGCCGGAGCCUGAAGCCUAUGACCAUUCACAUGGUAAUGUUAAAAACGCUUGUGCAUUGGUGAAUGGAGAAUGCUGCUUUGAUGAAUGAGUCAGUGGAUUGAUCACAAUCAGGGUGCAGAAUUGUGAUAUCGCAGCCUGGAGUUGAUAUGGAAAUAUCUAAUUGAAGCAAAAAUUUUGAUGUUGUAUCUGUAACAGCGUAUUUGUUGAAGACGCUAGAAACAAAGUUGAUUUAUUACUUCAAUGUAUUUUUAACAUGGGUUGCAAGUGACCAAGCAAGCAUGCAAACCUGAUUUGAUUAAAUGGGUAAUUAAUUAUAUAAAGAAAUAAAGAAUUGAAUGUAGA